GAUUUUGUUAUCGUACUUCAGCCAGUUAACGUGGCUUACAGUAACUGGCGUGUGUGUGCCAAAAUGUCGAAACAAAAGACACCUGAAGUGAAUUUAGCAAAUCUUUACCACGAACUGAACAAGUUUGCUCAAAAUGCUGAUUACAGUAAUCCCAGGGCACUCAACGUUGCGAAUAAGAUAUUAAAAGCUAAUCGUGGAGAUGAGACUGCUUUCCAGUGCAAGAUCAUUUGUUUGAUUCAUCAAACUCAGUUUCAGAUUGCUCUUAAGGAAAUAGUCAACAACCCUAAUGUAGCCAGUGGUUUGUCCUUUGAGAAGGCUUACUGCCAGUAUCGACUGAACAAGAUUCCAGAAGCUUUAUCAACCAUCAGAAAUGUUUCUGACCCAAGCCCAAAGCUCCAGGAGUUGCUUGGCCAAGUGCUUUACAGAUUAGAGCAAUACAGUGAGUGUGUCAACGUAUACAAAAACUUGAUCAAAAAUACAUCAGAUGAUUAUGAAGAAGAAAGACAGACCAAUCUAUCAGCCGUCAUUGCUGGCCUUAAACUGUGGGAGAAUAAAGAUGUGGAUGAUCCAGGACUGGAGGAUGAAACUUGGGAGCUUAGUUUCAAUCGAGCAUGUUUGCUGAUUGGUCAAGGGAAUUACCCAGAAGCCCUUGCACAGUUAGUCCAGGCUGAAAAGCUUUGCCGAGAGAUGAUGGAGGAGGAUGAUGAUGUUGAAGCUGAACUUGGAAUAAUCUAUGUUCAAAGAGCUUAUGUGUUACAGCUACAAGGCAUGAAUGAUGAAGCUAUCAAACUAUAUAAUCAAGUUGUUAAAGCGAGGCCUUCAGAUAUUGGGCUAAUGGCAGUGGCUUCUGCUAACAUUAUCUCACUAAACAAAGAUCAAAAUGUAUUUGAUUCCAAGAAGAAGGUUAAGGCUACCAUGGUUUCUGGUCUGGAGAACAAACUGACCAAAGGUCAAAAGUCACUCAUGUCAUACAAUAGGUUCCUUCUUCUACUCUACACUAAUCAGUUUGAGCAGUGUCGCAAGUUGCUUUCCACCAUGAAAUCAGAUGACUAUGGAGAAGAGAUGCUGUGUCUUCUUCAGGCUAGUCUCUUCUGUCGUCAGAAACAGAUUCCUAAAGCCGUCCAGGUUAUUCAGGACUUUGUUAGUUCUCAUGAUAAUGUUGGUUUGCCUACUCAACUGACUGUAGCCCAGCUGUUUUUGCUUCAAGGAAAUAUUUCCAAAGCUUGUGAUGUCCUUCAGUCUCUGGAUGGCAGUAGUCACAGACCUGCCAUCGUCUCAACACUGGUGGCGCUCUACGUUGGUAUGGAGAAUGGGGAAUCCGCCAUUGGUGUACUGGACGAAGCUGUUAAUUGGUACAAGCAAUAUGGGGGCCCUCAGAAUGAGUUGAAUAUUCUUCUUCGUGAGAAUACAGCUUUCAAAUUGAAGAGAGGUCAGUCCCAGGCAGCCACUUCCAUGUUAGAAGAUCUAAGAAGGUCUAACCCAGGAGAUAUCAAAACCCUAGCUCAGCUUAUAUCAGCCUACUCCAAGUUUGACCCCAAAAGAGCACAAGAACUAAGUAAAGAGCUACCAUCAGUAGCUCAGCUCUCUGCUGAUGUAGAUGUAGAUGUAUUAGAGAAUACUCCUCUAACACUAAGCACUAGACAACUGAAGAAAGGAGGAAAGACUGACGGAGAAAAGACUGGUGCUGUAACAUCAGUUGAAGAGAUGAAGAAGAAAAGAAAACGAAAGAGAAAACCCCAGCUGCCCAAGAAUUUUGACUCCUCGGUAGCACCAGACCCUGAGCGAUGGUUACCAAUGAGAGAAAGGUCAUACUUUAAGGGAAAGAGACGACGAGAUAAGAAGGGAGGAGUAGGCAAAGGAACACAGGGAGCUACAGCAGGCAGUGGAGAUAUGGAUGCCAGCAAGCCAAGCAGUGUACCAAACUCACCCCGCCCUGGAUCACAGACAAGUAGCAAUACAGCCUCCCCCUCACCAGCUAACCCCACCCCCAGGCAACAGAAACCAGCCUCAGCUGCUGCUAAGAAGAACAAAGCAAAGAAGAAGAGGGGAGGAAAAUGGUAGAAUGUGAUAGAAGGAAUGAUGAUUAAGGGAAAAGGAUUCAGGAAGGGGGGCAAUAUUCAAUCUCUAUUCUUUGAAACACAGUUAAUUGUGAUGUGAUGAAAACAGAUCAACAUUGAAAAAGCUCUGCAGAGACAAAACAAAUUGAUACAACUUAGCCAACUAAAGUUAUGUUCUUUGCUGCUUAUGACAUUUCUUUGUAAAUCAUGCCAAAAUUUGAUUACUUUACAAUUUCUUUGCAUUUUGUUUUGACUCUUUUGUUGACAAACACAACAGGGAAUAAUUAAAGUUCUCAAAUUUGAUAAGGAGUUUUCAUCAAUGGGAACAAACUAAAAAAUUAUGUACAGUCCUUAAAAAAAUCUACUACAAAACACAUGUAUGUAGCAGUUUUUUAAAAAUACUUAGCAAAUUUCAAUGCAAUUCUUAGAAAAUUAUUCCCUACACAAUAAAAAAAAACAAUCCUAAGUUCAUUAGUUGUUUAUAUUUUUUUCAUUCUAGUUCCAGAUUAUAACACAUUGUGUUUUCUAUUACUCAUUAAAAAUUAAAACCUACAGCCAAAUGUUUUUUUACUGCAAUUAAUUGAGUUCCCUUGUUAUCAGCAUGUAAAACCACUCUGAAUGUUUGACUUACUCACCUAAUCUCUCUGUAGGAUUUUAUUAUUUAUAUCUUGGUCACAUUUGUUCUAUGGCAGCAGUAUGGCGAGUAAAAAUCAGUCGUUUUGUUCAUUUUUAUUCAAACCACCUAUGUAGCUGUUACAAAAAAUUUGUAAAACAGCUGUUUUUUACUUGCUGUCCAGCCACUGUAGAGCAAAUGUGACUGAGGUAUUAUUUGAUAUAUGAAUGAAUAUCCAACUUAUGUCUUUUAUUCAUUACACAAACAAUAUAGUUUUAAUGAAGCAAUUCUUCUAUUGUUAAAGGGCCUCAAUUUGGCUAUCUAUUUUUUAAUAAUGUACAAUAAUUUUUGUUGUGAUACCCUCAAUGUGCAAUUCAGCAUAAAUCAAGACAGUAUGUUUGCUGAAAUUUAGCUUGUAGUAAUAAAAUGUCAUUUAUUUAUGAUAAGAUCAAAAGAAAGCUUGAUUUUACAAUUCCCUUGACUUAUAUGAUUUGGAUGAAAAGGGUUAAAAUGAGACAGAUAAAAUAUUUAAAUUUCAUUGAAUUUUGACAAGGAAUAACAUAGUUAUGAUGUUAAAUGUUUUUAAUUUUGUCAGUGAAAAAUACUCAGCACGUCCUCAUGAAUUAUUUUAGAUUGAAGUUAUUUAUAUUCAACUUUCCUCCUACAUUGUAAAACAGAAUUGAUUCAUGAUUUAAUGUGUCAAAUCAUUACUAAACUGGAUCAUUUUUUACAUGUGAGACAUGUUUUCUACAUACAAUAUAUAUGUCUGAAAAUAUAAUGCAGAUAUCAUGUAAUAACAUUAAUCCUCUCCACGCGUACUUCGAAUCAAUGCACAAACAAUCAAUACAUUGUUUCCUUACCUGAACAUAUUCCAACAUAGGGGUUCAUGGCCCAGCACACAAAGAGUUAAACAAAAGGGAGA